AUGAGCGGUUUGUUCCAGGACCUUCCCACCUUCAACGAAGAUCUCCGUUUGUGGAACACUGCUUCAGUGACCGAUAUGCGUGGAAUGUUUGAGAACGCCCAGGCCUUCAAUUUGCCCAUUGGGGCAUGGGACACAUCAACGGUGAUGGACAUGAGCACGAUGUUCAAGGGAGCACGUGCCUUCGACCAGCCCAUCGGUUCCUGGAACACAUCGGCAGCAACUACCAUGAAGAGCAUGUUCUUUGGUGCUCAGGCUUUCAACCAACCAGUUGGCUCAUGGGAUACAUCUCAGGUGAAGAACAUGGCUGGAAUGUUUGACUAUGCGUAUCUGUUCAAUCAGCCCAUCGGUACCUGGAACACG